AAUUCGACAGUGAUCGUCAUCUAGAAAGGAUUGCAACAGUGCGCUGUGCCUAAACAGGAAGAGAAAUCAAAAUGGCCCGUCAUUUGGCUGCGUUAAUUAAUUUGUUUUGGCUAUUGUUCGCUUGCACAAUUUACGCGAAUGGCCAGUCCUUCGAAGAAACUGUGCAACAAUUGGCGAAAAAUUACGCUGAAAUUAAAGAAGUUUUGGAAGCUAAAAUGGUCCGUUUAGAAACGAAAGUGAUUGGCCUCGAAUCGAAAAUGCAACAGCAAAAUGCGAUUGUGAUUUCCUUGCAAAACGAACGGCACAGCGACGAGGUGGAGAUCAAGUUGCACGAAACAAAAGCCAUCGUGGACGAUUUAGCGAUCAAGUUAAACGAGAGAACCAAUGCCGUGACGGACAUUGGAAAAAUGCCAACAUCUUGUUCGGAUUUGCAACACAUUGGACAUCGAAUAAGCGGAUUGUAUUCCGUUAUGGGAACUCGAUCGGUCGAAACAGUUUACUGCAAUUUUCACCCAAAUGCAAAAGAAAUGCAAAAAUGGAUCGGUUACGUUGAUGUGAAAUCAGCGUCCACUUAUUUCUACGUGACGAGGAGCAGUCCGUUUAUGGAAACCAACAUCCCAAUUGCGUUCGACGUGGAGCAAUUGAAUGUCGGAGGAGCCAUGAAUUUGCAAACGGGCAAAUUCGUGGCACCUCGAGCUGGCAAGUACAGUUUCUCCAUUUCGGGAGUGGCCUAUUUCCCUUACACGCAACUGACUCCCGGACUGUACAACGAGACUCCCGUCGUGCCUUCCUAUCGCUUUCAAAUCAGUUUGAUUAAAAAUGGCAAUUGGAUCGGCUCUGGCUAUUCUCACGCGACCAACACGGGCGGUACGUUCGAAACGUUUUCGCUCGAAUCGACACUCGGUUUGAUCAAAAACGAUCAAGUCUGGGUGGAGAUCUCUGAAAUGUCGGACAAGGUGUUGCUCUACGGUCGCCGUUUCACUCAUUUCACCGGCGUUUUCCUAGAGGAAGACUUGACCCAAUAGAUACGAAUGUUAACGUAGAGACAAAUCGUAUUUGCAAUGUUGAUGUACUCGAGCUUGA